AUGCUACCUGAAGGUGCGUUGGGUUUCCCAUACAGGUAUGAGAGCCUCUUAUCUCCCUAUGUAUUCCCUCAACUCAUCCGCCUGGUGUAUCGAGGAUUCGUAGCAAAUCAGCUCGGGCGGGCUACCAAUUUCCGAUGCACGUUUAGGUCACCCUUCAUGGACAGCUUCGCAGCCUAUUUGAAUUCAGCUAGACGUCGGCUUUGUGAGUUAUCCCUCCCUUCUCACCCACUCAGGAGAUCAUCCAUGUUCAGAAAAAUUGCUACCAAAUACGAAGCAGGCAUGAGGCCCUAUGGGAACUUGGAUCGGGUCCCGUCGGCUCAAAACAUAGCGCCCGGUCUGUUUUACUGCCCCAUGUCGGAGGAUAUGUGGUAUUACCAGUUCCUUUUGCACCCUACCACCUCCUCGUCUCUCCAUCCGUCGCCAAAGAAAGAAACCAACGGGGGUUCUCCCGAUUUCAGGCGGCGCGAAUCCCAGACCGGGAGCGGGACCUCCAGCCAAACUUCCAACGAGGACGCUAAUAUCCAACCCGAUUUGCCAAAGCCUCGAGUCCGUGGCGAGGUUCCGCCGAUCGGGCGUCGUGUGGAUGGGUUUUACGUCUCCCCCGUAUGUGAGGCAUGGGGCGGUCUAUGGCAAUGGCGAGCGGUGUGGUGCGCGCGAUCCCCUAAUGUAGAGCCCAUCGCCGCACCUCACGACUGCUGCCCGUCUCCUUCCACACCCGCCGUGGGAUCGGCAAGCGCGGGUGAGAAAAGCUUGAACUUCACAGGCCGAAACGCCCACGAUACCCUUCUGGAGGAGGAAAUCGAAAAGGAGGCCGUCAAAGGGGUGAAUCAGGAAGCCGAGGGCGGAAGUGACAGGCCACAGCCCCCUAAGCGCCCGCGAUGGGGUUCGGGGGGGUACCACAUGCUGCCUUUUCUUAUUUUUCCAUCAAGCGGGGGGUUGAGUUCGGGCCCGCCUCUGCAUCUCAACCACGCCGUGGUAUCGCAUCUACUUUCCACAACGACCGGCCAGGGAUCGCGAAAAAGAUAUCAGGGAGAGGAGCUUGUACGUGAGGGCAGGCCCGGCGAAGAGGGGGCUGAGGACGGGGUUUUUAUCACAAUUCCUUCGCUAAUUGGCAAUAUCAUCGUCAUCCCUGGCGAGCGCAAUCCGCCGUGCGUGGCCAGACAGCCACGGUUACGAUCCCACCAUCCCACCCCCUUCUCGUCGAAAAAUACCGACUUUGGUAAACCGUUUUAUCAAACCUUCGUCCCACAACGGCAGCGCGUGGUGGAUAAUAUCUUUAAUCUCUUAAUCCCUGCGGACUCGCAGUGGGGUCGAUCCGAUGCGUCCGCUCUUUCAGGGGCCUCAUCGCAGACUUUAUCGCCAAAGCAUGGCAACGGUCAUGGUAUUCAACGCCCAGCAACGACUUCAUCUAUAUUUAAAGACAUUACAACCCCAAUAAACCCUCUGGAGGGCGACUAUACGCAUGCCUCCUCGACGCCUCGAGUUAGCUGCUCUAAGCACAUGCUAAGCGGAGACGUGGGAUCAGCGCGUUGUCUGGCUUCGACCCCGCUACCGCUAGCGUAUCAAAAUAUCAUCUAUGGGGGUCUUGCCGAGCUCAUCCUGGCGGUGGACUGCUACGCUGCUCUGAUUGCUCGAAAGGAGCUGACUGUCGCAUCGGCCUGUUGGGCUAUUCUGUGUGAUACGAAACAUAGCAAUAUCCUGGUUAGCCUGCGCAGUCAUGCACUUGACAUCGAGCGGGAGGUUCUGGCAGCUGUGGAAGCGCAGAAGCACCUCACGCGGGUUGCGAAUCGAACGAAUCAGAGCUGUGUGGGCAAAAGCUCCGGAGAGACGACGACAUUGACAGGGUACCCCGCGAUAGCACACUGGCAUUUCUCUUAG